CGCCUGCAAUUCAUUUUGGCUGCCCCGCGCGCGCCUGCCUGCCCCGCCCCGCCCAAUCCUUUGCCGCCUCUGCCUUUAUUACUCCGAUCUCCUCUCUCUGUCUGCAUUCGCAAUCGCAAUCGCACUCGCAGUCGCCCCCAAGCAAGUUGCGCAUCCAUCCAUGGCUGGAGGCAAGUCCGGCGGCAACGCCGCGCGCAGCAGGAAGCGCGUCGAGGCCACCGUCCUCAAGCGCUCCAGGGACGGCAGCGCAUUCACCAGAUGCGAGGCCUGCAACAAGGAUGUCCCCGUCGUCCUCAUCGACAUGCACAGCUGCAGCCUCGACAAGCACAUCAGGAUGAUGCUCGAGGCGCAGGUCGUCGAGAAGACCGUCGAGGUCGCCGCCAAGCCCGCCGAACGCAACAAGUCCUCCGCCAAGGGACACGGAGGCGGCGGCAACAAGGAUGCCAAGCGCAAGCGCUCGCCCACAGCCUUCUUCCUCUUCAUGGACGACUUCAGGAAGGAGUUCAAGGCCGCCCAUCCUGACAACAAGAGUGUCGCCACCGUUGCAAAGGAAGGAGGGGAGAAGUGGAAGUCCAUGACAGACGAGGAGAAGAAGCCUUACGUUGAAAAGGCCGCGGAGCUCAAGGCUCAAGCCGAGAAUGGCGAGGGCAGUGGUGAGAACAAUGUUGCCAAGAAGAAAGCCAAGGCAGAUGACAAGGAUGGGGAGCAGGAGGUGGAUCAGCCUGCAAAGAAGCGCAUCAGGCGCAAGGCUCUUGACGAGGACGAGGAUGACGCUGGCGACCAGGAAGAUGAGGAUGAGCAGAACGAGUUGGAUGAUGACAUGUAGAUGUGCAAGGCGAGCUGUUCUUGUCCAUUUCUGUAAAUGGCUGGCAGAUGUGUGUCAUGCUAGAAAUGUCACUUGUUUCAAGCUAGGCGAGAGGGAAAGGGGAUUGGAUGGAUUCUAGUCGUAGCAUCACUAGUCUAGUGUAGUGAAUGUGGCAUGUUGAUUUCGGUAUCUUCCAGUCAGUGACUAUCCGUUCUCUGAAUGAAAUCAGAAGCAUUGCUAGCUAAUGAACUAUUCCAUGAUGCAGUUCUGUCUGCUCCCA